AUGCCCAAUCAAACGGUUAUUGCUAGAAUUAAUCUGAUUGCAAAGAUGGGUGUCAGAGAACAUUCCUACGUGCUUGAAAAAUGGUGUCAUCCCGCAAAGCAAACGUUGAAUGGUGAUGGUCUGGUGGAUGAUGGUCUUUCCGAGCACACGAAUCUCAUCAUUGCUUUCACAUUUAACAGAGGAGUCAUGGACAUCAUCACUCACUGUGAUUCAGCCACGUUUUGGCAAGGAACAUCAUCUCGAUUCCAACCACUGUGCAGUUCUGCUCAGCUUGAAAGCAGGACUUUCAAAGAAAAGAAGUCUAAGAGCCCGGCUUUACCCGAAGACUUUACUUUGCCCGACAUGACUGGUCUGGAGGACAAAGAAUUCAGAAAGAAAUCUUGUGAAAGGGUGUCAAUAAAGGCUGAAGCAAUGGCCAACAAGAAGUUUAACGACGCCAACUCACAGGAAGUAGCGUAG